AUAGCCAACUGCUAGGACAGCAUGUAUUCAAGGAGUACGUUAAACUUGGCUGCUCGCAAUUUGCGCUCUUUAUCAUACCAGACACGACGAAUACAUGCGAGCAGACGGGUAUUUGAGGACACACCACUGGAGACAGUGAACGCAUCCAAAUUGGAGGAUGGGGACUCUCAAGAACGAUGGUUGUUCAUUGACUCCGUCUUCCCUAUUCGUCUCGGUAUCUGGGACCUUCGACACUACAUUGGCAUAUUACGUGAGGACACCCUCUUGGAACGCUUGCACGAGCGUCUCGAAACCGUAAAGACACACGACUUCAACAUCAUCGAGCUUCAGCCAUAUCAGAAGGAAGGCGGCGUCUUUGUGCGGUUCAGUUAUACUGCUCAUGACCACCAAAAUGCGCUCGAGACGCUUCGGAGCGAUCUUGAGCUUGAAGCAACUAAGCAUGGCGGUCUCCCCUCGUGGUCGGGACUCAAUGACUGCAAUAUCUGGCUCGUGAAGGGGAACCCAUUUCUCGAGGAUAUGCACCGAUACCCGUCAGGAAUCGUACACGUUUCUUUCCAAGGCCCAGAUGUUCCUGAAGAAGCCUUAUAUAGUCUCUUUCGACCAUGCGGCCGGAUAUACAACAUCACCGCCCCUACGCCCGUGCCCGCAGGUACGCUCCGCUCCUCUGAUAUCAUAUUCCACCGCGUGCGUUCUGCCACUGUCGCGCGGAAUAUCAUCCAUGGAUUCACUUUCUCUAAUGGUGGUGCAACAACACGCCUGAGGACCGUAUACCAACGCCCCAUCCAGGCCCAUGCAAUUAGGGACUGGCUGACUUCGCAUCCCAGGAUCGUAUUGCCGAUCCUAUUUUUCUUGCUUGGCACAUUGACGUAUACUAUAUUCGAUCCAAUAAGAAUCCUGUCUGUUGAAGGGAAGAUGCUUAAUUGGUUUGACUACCGCGAAUACAAAGUAUAUAAAUGGCUUCGUGCCAACGCCCUGGACCGGUUCUCUCUCACUAGCAUGGGCCGUCAAGACGUCUCGCCGCAGGGAGACAUCUGGAAGGAGCGUAAAGACGCAGAAAUCGCCGUGCGGAGCUAUCUCUCCGAGCUACCUUGCAAGUCCUACUCAUCUACAGUUGCAUUCGUGCAUGGUCCCCAGGGCAGUGGAAAAUACCAUAUGCUCCAGGCUAUCAUCCGUGACACUGGCAGAAAAGCUCUAGUGAUUGAUUGUGCUGAGCUCAAUAAAGCAACGUCGGACACGCGUCUCGUCUCAGCACUAGCACAACAGACCGGCUACAGACCGAUUUUCACCUUCUUGAACUCCGUCAACAAUAUGAUAGACAUUGCGACUGUCGGCCUCAUCGGGCAAAAAGCGGGCUUCACAUCCUCCCUCGAAGACCAGUUGAAACGAAUUCUCGAAGUCACAGGCACAGCACUGAAGAAAGUCAAUCAUUCCCUUCGCGACUCUGCGCAGCGCUCUGUUAAAGCAGCGCAAGAGGCCGAAACACGACAAGCCGAGAAUGCGCGUACUCGCGCCCGUAUUUGCGCCGGGACAUGGCACGAUCCACGGCUUGACUGCCUCGCGGGGAAUGGCAUUAUAAGCGAGCUUGGGGUGGGGGACGAGUUGCUGGAGGGUGAUGGCGAGUUUGUGAGCUUUGAUGCGAUGGAGAACGACAUGGUAAACUUGAAUGGUGUGGGGGAGAAGACGAGCGAGGAGGAGCUAGUGAGACAACGCCGGGGUGCGGAAGACGUGCAAGCUGUUCGUACGCUGCCGAUUGUCGUCAUCAAGAACUUCGCCGCACGGGGAGGAGUUUACAAGGAGGAAUUCCUCAGCGUUUUGGCACAGUGGGCGGCGAGCCUUGCUGAGAACCAGGUGAUCAGCACCACUCCACUUGUCGAGUUGUGCGGCUCCUUACCGCUGCCCUCCAAACCAUUGAACUCAAUAGCCCUUUAUGAUGCUGAUGCACCUACCGCCCUCUCCUUUGUCCGCCGGCGCCUGCACGAUGGUGGUAUUACAUCAGAUCUCAAACCUGCACAAAGCAAGGCCAUAGAGGGCCUUGGCGGCCGCACGAGCGACCUUGAACGCUUAAUCCACAAGGUCUACAGUGGCCAAGGCAUCGAGGAAGCAGUAGAAGACAUCAUCGCUAGCAGUGUGGGAGAACUAAGGAAGAAUGCCUUUGGCGAGGACAUCGACGAUGCUAAGAGUUUGCCGUGGUCAAGGGAGCAGGCGUGGACCGUGCUCAAACAACUGGCACGCAAAUCUGAGCUGCCAUAUUACGACGUGCUACUCGAUCCACCUUUCAAGGGAGACGAGCUACCACUUCGUGCCAUGGAACACACUGAGAUCAUAUCUAUCAGCACGCAGCACGGUCGACCGUCCACGAUACGUCCUGGAAGGCCUGUGUUCAAAUCCGUCUUUGAGAGACUUGUGAACGACCCUGUCUUCCAAGCCACGCAAGACAUCGCGCUCAAUGAGAAAUUUAUAUCGAGCGCAGAGAGUACCCUUACCACGCUUCAGGACCUCUCAAAGGCGGAAAAGUCAUACUGGUUGUUCAGGCGUAGAGCGACAUCUGAGCGAAAGGAUUACUUGUUGAAGAAGAUGCGUUCUGCGCAGACGAAGAUUCAGAUACUGGAGAAGCGGAAUGCUGAGUUGAAGAGAGUAUUGGCGAAGGGGGGUUGAUUAGGUAGCACCUGUAUGUUGAAUGUUUCGCAUUGAGGUGCUCUUUAAAUUAUUGGACACGUCCGCGAAUGCUAGUCCAUGCAGACCG